AAACCUCCGCAUGUGAGGUGUUGGGUAUCCUGCCCUCUCUGCCAUUGUUGGGUUUCCGUGUCUGCUCUCUGUAACUUCUUCUCAGACCCGGAAACCCUAAUACCCCAACUGCUACUGAACGGACGACAUAGUCUCUCUCUCUCUACUUGCAUUUUUUCCUGCUACGAGCUUGGUAUAUUUGGGGAUUCGAUUCUUUUCGGCUCUGGGGUAUGAGGUGAAUAGGUGAGAAAAUUGGACUGAAGCUGUGCCUGGGUACUGAAAAUUACAUAUUUCUGGUGUGCAAUUUUUAUUCCUGAAACAUUAUGAGAGUUCACACGACCUUUCAGCUUAUUUCCUACUCUGAAGAGAUUGUAAAUGGAGAGCCAAUCCUUGUUUCAUCAAACAGCCUUCCUGUGAAGGCUUUAAAUUUUGAACCUGCUGGGCAUGCUUUCCACUCUGCCGCAUUAAAACUUCUUGGUUGUAGCGAGGAAGAAGAUACAGAUGGUGAUAAUGAAAGCGUGUCCAAUGAUAAGGACAAGACAUAUAUGCCAUCAUCUGAGUCAUAUAGCACUAAAAGCAAAAAGAAAUCUGGUGCUGGAGGUAAGCAACAAGAUCAUUACGCAUUACUGGGCUUGAGCCAUUUAAGGUACCUUGCCACCGAAGAACAGAUUCGAAAAAGCUACCGUGAGACUGCACUUAAGUAUCAUCCUGACAAACAGGCUGCUCUUCUUCUUGCUGAGGAAUCUGAAGCUGCAAAACAAGCAAAGAAAGACGAAAUUGAGAGUCAUUUCAAGUCCAUUCAAGAAGCAUAUGAGGUGUUAAUUGAUCCUGUGAAGAGAAGGAUUUAUGAUUCCACAGAUGAGUUUGACGAUGAAAUUCCUACUCAUUGUGCUCCCCAGGAUUUCUUCAAGGUAUUUGGUCCAGCUUUUAUGAGGAAUGGGCGAUGGUCAGUUAACCUGCCAGUCCCUUCUUUAGGUGAUGAUAAAACGCCACUAAACGAAGUGGAUAACUUCUAUAAUUUUUGGUACAGCUUUAAAAGCUGGAGAGAGUUCCCCCAUGCAGAUGAGUUUGAUCUUGAGCAAGCUGAGUCCCGUGACCAUAAGAGGUGGAUGGAGAGACAGAAUGCAAAACUUUCAGAAAAGGCAAGAAAGGAAGAAUAUGCACGGGUACGUGCUCUUGUUGACAAUGCCUAUAAAAGGGACCCAAGAAUACUGAGAAGGAAGGAGGAGGAGAGAGCUGAAAAACAGAGAAAAAAGGAAGCCAAGUUUCUGGCAAAGAAGCUGCAGGAGGAAGAAGCAGCCAGAGCUGCUGAGGAGGAGAGACGACGGAAAGAGGAGGAAGAAAGACAGGCUGCAGAAGCUGCUUUGCGUCAGAAGAAGACUAAGGAGAAAGAGAAAAAGCUUUUGCGGAAAGAGCGGACUCGUCUUCGAACCCUUUCUGCACAUGUUCUGUCCCAGCGUUUACUCGAUCUCAAUGAGGAUGAUGUGGAAAGUCUUUGUAUGUCGCUUGAUAUUGAGCCACUUAGGGAUUUGUGUGACAAGAUUGAGGGUAAACAUGGUUUAGAGCAAGCUGAGCUUCUCAGAGAUGCAUGCGGAUAUAACAAAAUGGAGAAUGAGAAAAAAGUUGAGAAGAUUUCAUCGCAAAAAGCUUCUGUGAAUGCCAACGGAAGUGUCUCAUUAAGCAGCUGUGAGAGAAAGGACAAGCCUUGGGGCAAAGAGGAGAUUGAACUCUUGAGGAAAGGGAUGCAGAAGUAUCCAAAAGGAACAUCCCGUAGGUGGGAGGUAAUCUCUGAGUACAUUGGCACGGGAAGGUCUGUGGAAGAAAUUCUCAAGGCUACCAAAACAGUUCUUCUCCAGAAGCCUGAUGCUGCCAAAGCUUUUGACUCAUUCCUUGAGAAGAGAAAACCCGCCCAGACAAUUGCAUCUCCACUUACUACUAGAGAUGAAAGUGAAACAAAGGGAGUGUCAACAGUUAGUGGGCUUGAAAGCACUAGUGUUGCUAAAGUUGAUAAUUCAAAAGAGUCUUCAAGCAGAAGUUUGAACCAUGGGAAUCCUGAUGAUUUGGCUAUUCCAAAUGGGGUAUCUUCGAGCAUGGAGCAAGAUAUGUGGUCUGCAGUUCAAGAAAGGGCACUAGUUCAAGCAUUAAAAACCUUCCCAAAGGAAACCAGUCAGCGUUGGGAACGAGUUGCUACUGCAGUUCCUGGGAAGACUGUCAAUCAGUGCAAGAAGAAAUUUACAUUGCUGAAAGAGAACUUCAGAAACAAGAAAAAUGCAGUUUAGUUUGUUGGGUUUGCCUCUGAUGGUGCAUUUGGACAUCUUUUGUCCGCUUGCUCUCUCUAUCUCUAGGUUCAAUUCAUUCCUCCACUGUGCCAGAAGGAUACAAGUCCCCUUUUUCACUGCACAAUUUGACUGUUGCGGCUUUUGUUGUUAUGUCAUAUAGUCAUAUAGAUUAUAUAUCAGAUAUUUUUGGAGAUGAAGAGCCUUUCAGAUGGAUCUAUUCCAAGGAAUUCUUCUUUUGAGGUACCAUUUAAGUUCUAACUGAGACUAUGCUUUAUGGUUUACAUUAUAGUAUUGGGGUUCUAUGUGUCAUAUUUGGGAGAGCAGAAGGUGACUGGAAGUUUGACGUAGGUUUCCCCACAUACCUGAACAUGUCAAAUGGAUCGUCUCAGAAGAGUUAAAAUCUUCUCCAAUUUUCUUCUACAAUCCUUUGUAGUCGUACUAUGUUACGUGACAUGUUAGCUGCGCUCCAAGCCUUAAGAUGUGCUUAAUGUAUGGAUGAUUUAUUCUCCAAUUUUUUUCUGCUGAAGAUUAUUUAUUAUAUUCAUACGCAUUAUAAAGAAGCUACUUUGAUCCA